CACCUUUUAGGCCAACUUUCUACAUCUCUCUCUCCCCCUCCAAAACUCUUCUCUCUCUCUCUCUCUCUCUCUCUUGUGGUGUUUCCAGUAACUUUUAGGGUUCUUGAAAGAGAGAUAAGAGAGGAAAGGAAAACAAUGAGGAAGCCAUGCUGUGAUAAACAAGACACAAACAAGGGAGCUUGGACGAAGCAAGAAGACCAAAAGCUUAUUGAUUACAUUCGAACUCAUGGUGAAGGUUGUUGGCGUACCCUCCCCAAGGCUGCAGGGUUGUUUCGUUGCGGCAAGAGUUGCAGACUGAGAUGGAUAAACUAUCUAAGGCCGGACAUCAAACGGGGCAACUUUGCUCCAGAUGAAGAGGACCUCAUCAUCAAGCUCCACGCCCUCCUCGGCAACCGGUGGGCAUUGAUAGCUGGAAGGCUACCGGGGCGAACGGACAACGAAGUGAAAAACUACUGGAAUUCUCACCUAAAGAGAAAGUUGAUUAGCAUGGGAAUCGACCCAAACCACCACAAGCUCAACCAAACCCUAAUCCGUCCAACGCAAGACCAAUGCGUCUCGAAUCCUGUCACACCGAAGACGAAGACCUGUCCGGAAAACGACCGGGUGUCCGAUUCCGCCAGUUGCCUCGAAGACGACAACACGUCCGGUUCGGAUGACCGGUUGAAUCUCGAUCUUACGAUUGCCGUCCCCUGCCCUCUGGUUCCGAUGCUGGAGGAGAAGGAGGGGAGAGAUUGUAAGGAAUUGAAAGGGACAUUUGAGGAUAGGGAAAGUGAUGGGUCUCCAACCCUUCUUCUUUUUAGAUGAGAUAUUUGAUAAUGGAUUAAUGUGGUCACGGAUAUUGUUUGUGCAAUUGAUACAAUACGUAUUGUGCAAUUAA